CGUGACGCAACGUCGCGCUGACGUCGCGGGGUCGCGCUCGACGUGACCCCGCACCAGGAAGCGAGGCGCGGCCGCCGGUGCCGCCCCCGGUGCUGCUCCCGCUCCGGUCAUGUGAAGCGGCGGGACGGGCUCCCCCAGGUGCUGCCGGCGGGAGGCCCCGGGGUCACCGGGAGGGGCCCAGGCCGCGAUGGAGCCCACGGCCUCCCAGGUGUUCUGCGGGCGGGUGCUGGGCAUGGUCAACGCUGAGGACGUCAACGCCAUCAUCCUGGCGCAGAAAAACAUGCUGGAUCGAUUUGAGAAGACCAACGAGAUGCUGCUCAACUUCAACAACCUGUCCAGCGUCCGCAUGCAGCAGAUGAACGAGCGUUUCCUCCACCACACCAAGACGCUGGUGGAGAUGAAGAAGGACCUGGACAGCGUGUUCCGCAGGAUCCGGACGCUGAAAGGGAAGCUGGCCAAGCAGUACCCGGAGGCGUUCAGCAACGUCCACGAAUCUCCCAUCCUUGAAGACGACGAUGACUUCGACCCCGUCCCGAAAAGCACCACAACCACCAUCGCUACCUCGGAGCAGAGCACGGAGUCCUGCGACACCAGCCCCGACAUCAUCUCGCCCACCACCAGCCAGGACUUUGAGGAUUUAUCCCAAGGCCAGUACGAUUUACCGGCCAUGAACGGACAGAGUCUCACAGAUGAAGACACGACCAACGACCUGGACUGAGCGCGCGGCUCGGGCGCCGCUCCCGGAGGACUUUCUAUCCUGUAUUUAUAUUUGUGUGUUUAUUUUUUUGGGGGAAACAAAGGCUGAGAGAAGCGACGGCCGAGUGAAGGCCCUUCUGCAUCUAAACUGCCACCGCGGUGUAAACCCCGCCGCUCGCCCCGGGGUAAAUAAGUAAAACGUGGGUUUGAAACGCC